AUGGCAAGAGGUUCGACACAUCCAGACCCGGCCUUUGCCGCCAAACUUGCCCGUCGCCAACAACUGAACUACGAUGCCAUGGUCUUCUUUGCGACGGCUAUGACUGCUUUCUACUUCACCAUAUGUAUAACCAUUCUUCUCAGAAGGCUUUGUGUUGAUCUAGGCGCUUCGCGCAAGCCAAACAUUGCCACAGCGAUCUUUCGGCGCAUGAGAGCGAGUGCUUUUGGAAAUAUCGGGAGAUCCCCAUCGGCAGGAUAUACGCUUGUUAUAUUCGGAUACGUAGUUAUCAACGCGAUCGUUACUUUUACUUACUUAGACAACGACAACAUGCCACUUCUUUCCAACAUGGCUUCUAGAACUGGAUGGAUGACUAUUGCAAACCUUCUCAUCGUCAUCCUUCUUUCUCUCAAGAACACUCCUAUUGUCAUAUUCAUGACCUCUUCAUAUGAACGUCUCAACAUUCUUCAUCGUAUAACCGGUUACACUACUCUUAUCUUCGCUAUCGUACACUCUUGCAGUUACGCUGCUGUUUUUGGAGCCCAAAACUUUCUCCAGCGUUUGCUUGCGAGAGAAGAAAUCUUUGGCAUGGCCGCUAUGGGCUCAUUCUUAGUCCUUGGCUUUGCGGGAGCUGUCCUCCGUACGUGGUGGUACGAACUAUUUUACUACCUUCAUGUGGUAUUCUGGAUCCUUGCUGUCAUCAUGACUGGUCUUCAUCAGCCGGAGCCUAGCAACAAGGUUCUAUACGUCAUUUUUGCUUCAGCUGGAAUUUGGGUCCUUGAGCGUGUCGUCCGCCUCGUACGUAUCAUCGUCAACAGCGCCAAUAACACCGUCACUCUCAUGCCGCUUCCCAAUGGCGGUACUCGUGUCACACUCGCGAAGGCGCCGUAUGGAUCUUCAUCUGGCAACCAUGGCUUCCUUUGGAUCCCCGCGGUACGCGCCGUCGAAACCCACCCUUUCACGAUGGUUGCUACUAAUCCCCUCGAGUUUGUCGUGGCAGCCUACGACGGAUUUACUCGAGCUUUGCACAAGUGUGCCCUUGAGAACCCGGGAAUCAGAUUGAAAGGGUCAGUUGAGGGUCCUUACGGUAAUCACCCUGAUGUCAAGGGGUAUGACAAGGUCAUGCUUAUAGCAGGGGGUAGUGGUGCAAGCUUCACGGUUGGCGCGGCCCUAGACAUGCUCAAAAGACUGGACACAGAUGCCGAGGUUGACAUUGAAUUCGUAUGGAUGAUCAGGAAACCAACAUAUUUCACCUGGUUUGCCGACCAUAUCGAAACUUUACGUCAAGACCAUCGUGUAUCGACCAAGAUUUAUGUAACACGAGCUUCAGAAGCCGAGAUUGUCCCCCGGAGGCAGCUUUCGUCCCGAUCGCACGCGUCUUCAAGUAGCACUUUCGUCGAGUCCGACCCAGAAAAGGAUGUUCUUCCCCACGUCGAUACUACCAGAUUAUCACUUGACAUUGAGAAGAACGAAGUUCUCUCACCAGCGAUAGACGCUUCUCCGGGCCAUGCUUUUCACGUUGGGAGACCAGAUGUCGCUUCCCUUGUGAAAGAACUGAUAGAGAGUACACCAUCCGACAAACGGGUGCUGUUGAUGGGCUGCGGACCACGGACGCUCAUGUCAGCCGUUCAGAACGCGGCUGCUGACUGUAUCGUGGAAAACAGAGCAGGUGUUGAGUUGCAUCUGGAGCAAUUUGGGUGGUAAAGGAAUUCUCAUGAAACAUGCCUUUUUUUCCGCAAUGAAGGACUUGACUUCAUGGUUUAUUUCAUUGCACAUGAUUGCACAUCUGGGCUAGUCUCGAAUGGUUUACAAAAUGGGUUUGAGGUUGGCGAACAAAUGAACAUGUUAAAUGAUAGCCGGUAGCAGUAUCAAAUUUCUAAAAAGUUUUGGCUCUUGAGCUUUUGUAACGUACUGACUAUCAUAUCGUAUCAAACA